UUCUUUGGGUUAAGUUUACUUAGUAGUAAUCAAAUUAUGUACUAAAUUGGGAUUUAUUAAAUGAUGUGAUGAGAAUCCUCAUCUACUUCAGGUAUUCGAUAUGUCAUGUUGUUUGUAGUCAUUAGGUUUGGUCUAAUCGGGUGGAAGACGAGAGGGGGAAAGCAUGAGGAAGAGGAAAAAGACGGGUUAUGGAGUACAGAAAUAGGAGCCUAAAAGUCUACAAGAAGUUUUGGUGAGUUUUGAAAACAAAGGUAAAUGAAAAUUUUCCUAAAGUUUGCCUCAUGUUUCAGUUCUGUAGCAGGAGAGACCACACAGAGAGUGGGUAUAUAUAUUUGGCUUUAGCUCCCUUGCACACUGCUUGGCUUCACUUCUCCAGCUCCUAUCGAAAACAAGACUUUGGUUUUGCAGAAUCUUCUUUCUUUCUUUCUUUCAUUCUUCUUCGAACUUGCUUCGAUUUGGUUGUUCAAUGUUCAUGGAGGAACAACUGAAUCCUUUAGCUGCGAGUCAUCUCCUCCAACACACCCUCCGAAGCUUGUGCAGCACCAAGAACACCCAAUGGAUUUAUGCUGUCUUCUGGAGGAUCUUGCCAAGAAACUAUCCACCGCCCAAGUGGGAUUUUGAAGGUGGCGUUUAUAACAAGAACAGAGGAAACAGGAGAAAUUGGAUUCUUGCAUGGGAAGAUGGCUUCUGCAAUUUUGCUGCUUCUUCCAGCUCCAGUUCUUCUUCAGCUUAUGAAGAGUACUGCCAAGUUAAAGGCCUGCAACCUGAACUCUUCUUCAAGAUGUCCCAUGAAAUCUACAACUACGGAGAAGGAUUCAUUGGAAAAGUUGCAGCAGAUGAGAGCCAUAAAUAUGUGUUUAAGGAAGCUAAACAGCAUGAGCUUACUUCCAUCUCCACUUGGAACAAUCCUUCUGAUGAUGAUGCGCAACCAAGAACAUGGGAGGCUCAAUUCCAAUCAGGCAUCAAGACUAUUGCUCUGGUGGCAGUAAAGGAAGGUGUUGUGCAAUUAGGAUCCAUCGACAAGGUAAUGGAGGAUUUGAGCUUCAUCUUGUUGCUUCGCGAGAAGUUUAACUACCUUGAGAGUAUCCCCGGUGUGCUCCUCCCCCACCCAUCCUCCAUCGCCGCCCUUGCUGCUUUUUCGGUCAUCGACAAGCCUCCUCCUUCGCAAUGGGCCUCCUUGCCUUCGUCAUCUAUGCCAUCGAAAUUCUACGAUCAUUAUUUGAUCACACCAUCGAUCAACAACCUCGAGUUGUUACUCUCAAGUCUACCGGUCUUUAAGUCAUUCCCUAUGAUGGGGGCAAAGGAGGAAGAGACCGGCAAUCAUGGUAAUGAUGGUAGUGAUUGUCACCUUUAAAUCCACUACUUCUAAUUAGUAAUUAAUUUUGUAAAAUAAUUUAAUCAGUCGAAUUGUUCUCUAUUUGAUGGAAUCAU